AUGGAGUAUCGUCUUUCCUCUGGUACCGUGAUUGAGCCAUCCUCGGCCAUCUUAGUGAUCGACCCCGUGCCCGGUGUCACAGAGUCGGAGCUAAUAGGCCGCAACGAGGGACGUGUCGGCCACCUGGUCGACGACGCCCUUCUCUCAGGUGCCACUGAUCACGGGGAUUCCCUCAUCGUUCUUUCCCUCUCUCAUCCGCCUCGCCUCGGCGAGCAGUUCGUCUUGGGCAGCGACGCCCCGACAACUGACAUAGUCCUCGGCGUUCCUGGCCGCAAGGUCAGCGCUCGUCACCUCAGUUUUGGUUUUGACGAACAGGAUCGUGUUAUCAUGCUCGACACCUCCAGGCUCGGCACCAGCGUAUCCUACAACGACCAGCCGCUCUAUGCCCGCCGUGGCACUCCCGGCCGCCCCUUUAGAUGGGUUCUCCCUAUCGGAUAUGAAGUUCGGGUCGAGAUCGAGCCUUCCUUCAGGUUCAAUAUCCGUGUCCAGGAUCACAGCUCCCAUCUCGAAGAGUUCCGCGCCAAGCUCGAGUCUUUCCGCCAUGAAUGCCGUACGCGGGUCCCUGAGGUGUCUAAUAUUGACCUCGACGCAGACCUCCCGGUCACCGCCAGCGCCUUGACUCCUGCCUCCCCCGGCAGCGGCUUACCCAACUCCGCCGCUACCACCAAUUUGGAGACCCCCGACGACAAAAGAUUGCCUGGCCCCGAAGUGUAUGUCGAGGGCCCCAUCCUUGGCCGCGGCGGGAAUGGCACCGUCAACAAAUUCUACGCUGUCCGGGAUUGGACUUGCUAUGCUGGCAAGCGAAUCGCGCAUGACGUAGAUCUUGAAUAUGAGGUUGACGUGCUGAAGAAACUAAGCCAUCCUCGAAUCGUCCGCUAUGUCGAUACUUUUGAAGAAACUCAAACGCCUCUCAGCACUGUUCUCAUCAUGGAGUAUUGCGCUGAAAAGACGCUCGCGCACCAAUAUCGGAAGCGUGAGCUUCAAAUGGAGGAAACACUUCUUGUGCUUCAGCAAUGCCUUGAAGCCCUCGUCUACUUGCACGAGUCGAACAUCACCCACAGAGACAUCAAGCCUCAAAACAUCCUCUUCCGCUCCCGCAACCCUAUUGACGUGGCCUUAGCCGACUUUGGCUGGGCCUCUAAUGCGGCGGGAUCCAUGUCCACCGCCCAAAUAGGCACCAUUACCUACCUCGCCCCCGAAGUCCUCGCCCACCAACGAUAUCGAAACCCAAUCGACAUCUGGUCGCUUGGUGUAGUUGGCCUUGAAUAUCUCGAAGAGCUGCCGGACGAGGAAGAAUGUGAAGAUGAACUAGACUUCGCGAUCGAGAUCUCGGGUUACGCCGAGUCCUUAGCCACUGACUACCCCUCGCACGGUCACCUACUCCUCCUGAGCCAGAUGCUGAGUCGGAAGCCUGCCAAACGGCCAACAGCCGUGGAAUGCUUGAGGGCCGUGUCCGACUUGGUUGCCCAAGCCACGCCGCCGACCACACCGUCACCCCUUAGUCCUUUGACACGCGGGAGCCGUGAGCCCACCCUCAGUGACAGCCAGGCCACAGUCCGCGCCCCGCGUAACUCCCAGUACACACAGACGACCGUCCGCCGCUGGAUCGACAGAACCAGCCCUCGCAACUCCAGGGACAACGGCGACGACUUAGAGGAUGGAAACUCCAGGGACAACGGCGACGACUUAGAGGAUGAAAACUCCCGGGGCAACGGCGACGACCAAGGGAAUGGCAACUCUAGGGAUAACGGCGACGACGACAGCCGCAAUAGACGCUCGGAUGUCCCUCCGCCUGAAACGCCCCAGCCUGCGAGCAGCGUUGUCCGGUUGGCAUCACCAGAAUACGAAGAGAACUACAGCCUUGGAGCUGGGCAGCCUGAGCCUCAAGCCUCGUCCGUUUCCGCCGUGCCAGCGGUCUCGGCGCUGCGGAAACGCAACCCCGAUAGCUCAGGCUCAGGGCCAGGUUCGAACGGCUCAGAUCGGCACGCCCGCAAGCGCCAGGCCACCUCCCAGAGGCUGUCCCUAAGCACUGCCAAGUAA